CUACAGUCGUUGCCACCACUAACCCGGCCUACCGACAAAGAGGUGGCUCAAACAGGAGAUGCAAUGACGUAUUUUGAAGAGGGAUGAAGAAACUAAUUGCUACAUAAGGAUCAAACUGGCCAGCCAAACAAGAGAAGAAAGAAUCAUUUUCAUCAUUCAGAUACUCGAUCCUCAAAGAGCACGCCUUCAAACUCAGCAAUUGAAGUUUAACCUUCUCAGACCACUUCUCAUAUCUUCCUAACACCGUCGAAAAGAAUCACAACAGAUAACAUACAUAAAAUGGCUCCCCUCCCAAAGCGCGCUGUCAUUACCGUUACUUCAGCCAAGGCUGGCCUCUUCAACGGCAAAGAGACAACUGGCGUCUUCAUUUCGGAGGCUCUUCACCCAUUUCGAGUGUUCCGCAAUGCCGGCUUUGAAGUUGACUUGGUCUCAGAGACUGGCAAGUACACGCCGGACUGGCUGUCACUGCAGGCCGAUUUCCUAAAUGGCUCCGACAAGGAGAUGUACGAUGACCUCCAAAGCGAGUUCCGGCAGAAACUUGAUAACAUGCCAACCCCUUCUGAGCUUGAUGGCAAUAACUACGGAAUCUUUUUUGCUUCGGCUGGUCAUGCUGCCCUUAUUGACUACCCGACUGCUACUGGCCUGCAAAAAAUCGCCGAGGAUAUUUGGGCAAACGGUGGAGUUGUGUCUGCCGUUUGCCACGGUCCCGCCAUUUUUGCCAAUAUCAAGGACAAGGCCACUGGAAAGCCUAUUAUUGCUGGAAGAACCAUCACUGGAUUCACCAACGAGGGAGAAGAUGUCCUGAAGAUUAUGUCCGAGAUUAAGAGCUGGGGCAAGCCUCUUGUGGAGGAGCAUGCAGCGGCUCUUGGUGCUACCUACAAGCGUCCCGACAACGUUUGGGCUGAUUUGCACAUUGUUGAUGGUCGCGUAGUAACUGGUACCAACCCCGCCAGUGCUACGUCGACGGCUGAGGCUGCCGUGGAAGUUUACAACAGCCUUUGAAUCAAGUGUGGAUAUCAUAGCAGACAGGAGGACAAUAGAUUGAUGAGAAUAUAGAUCAAUGUUGUUCUAUUUGAAUCG